GGAUGUAGUUCUUUUGUAUUUUCUGCAUUAGGCGAACGAUGAAUUCCGCAGAAGAGACGGACGAGUGCGUUAACGAUGGUGACAUCGCAGCAUUUUUCAAGACAGGACCCUUCAGAAAUGAUGGAUUAAAAUUAUCUGAUGUAAUGCAAAUAAUGAAGGAAAAGGUUGCCUUUGUUUCAGGUGGACGUGAUAAAAGAGGUGGUCCAAUCCUAACUUUCCCAGCUCGCAGCAAUCAUGACAGAAUAAAACAAGAAGACCUCCGACAGCUUGUUACUUAUUUAGCAAGCGUGCCAAGUGAAGAUGUGUGUAAGAGAGGAUUCACUGUUAUCAUCGAUAUGCGGGGUUCCAAGUGGGAUCUGAUCAAACCUUUACUUAAAACUCUCCAAGAGUCUUUCCCUGCUGAUAUCCAUGUUGCACUAAUUAUAAAGCCAGAUAACUUUUGGCAGAAGCAAAAGACCAACUUUGGAAGCUCAAAAUUUAUAUUUGAGACAAGUAUGGUAUCUGUGGAAGGACUUUCUAAGUUAGUAGAUCCUUCCCAACUGACAGAAGAGUUCGAUGGCACACUGGAUUAUAAUCAUGAUGAAUGGAUUGAGCUUCGAUUGGCCCUGGAAGAGUUCAUCAGCAGUGCUGUGCAUCUGUUGUCCAGAUUAGAAGACCUGCAGGAGAUGUUGGCUCGGAAGGAGUUUCCCCUGGAUGUUGAAGGUUCACGGAAGUUAAUUGAUGAGCAUACACAACUGAAGAAGAAGGUUAUUAAAGCCCCUGUGGAGGAACUGGACCAUGAGGGGCAAAGGUUGCUGCAAUGUAUAAGGUGCAGUGAUGGCUUUUCUGGAAAGAAUUGUAUAUCUGGCAGUGCAGACUUUCAAAGUGUUGUGCCAAAGAUCACCAGUCUUUUGGAUAAGCUACACUCCACUAGACAACACCUACAUCAGAUGUGGCAUGUCAGAAAACUGAAGUUAGAUCAAUGCUUCCAACUUCGUCUCUUUGAGCAAGAUGCAGAAAAGAUGUUUGACUGGAUUAGCCACAACAAGCAAUUAUUCCUCCAGAGUCACACAGAGAUUGGAGUGAGUUACCAGCAUACCGUGGAUCUACAGACUCAGCAUAACCAUUUUGCUAUGAACUCAAUGAACGCGUAUGUCAACAUCAAUAGAAUCAUGUCUGUUGCGUCCAGGCUUUCUGAGGCUGGCCAUUAUGCAUCUCAACAGAUCAAGCAGAUAUCUGCUCAGCUCGAUCAAGAAUGGAAGAGUUUUGCAGCUGCUCUGGAUGAGCGUAGCACAAUCUUGGCAAUGUCUGCUGUAUUUCAUCAGAAAGCUGAACAGUAUUUGUCAAGUGUUGAUAUCUGGUGCAAAACCUGUGCUGAAGGAGGACUUCCGUCUGAAAUGCAGGAUUUGGAGAUUGCAAUUCAUCACCAUCAAACUCUGUAUGAGCAGAUCACACAGGCAUAUGCAGAGGUGAGUCAGGAUGGCAAAGCUCUUCUUGAUGUACUGCAACGACCCUUAAGCCCAGGAAAUUCUGACUCGCUCACUGCAACUGCAAACUACUCUAAAGCAGUUCAUCGGGUCUUGGACAUUGUACACGAGGUGUUGCAUCACCAGCGAAGGCUUGAAAGCAUCUGGCAACACCGUAAGGUCCGACUGCAUCAACGGCUUCAAUUGUGUGUAUUCCAGCAAGAUGUUCAGCAGGUUUUGGACUGGAUUGAAAACCAUGGAGAAGCAUUUCUUAGCAAGCACACUGGGGUUGGGAAGUCACUUCACAGAGCACGUGCUCUUCAAAAGAGGCAUGAUGAUUUUGAAGAAGUAGCCCAGAACACAUACACUAAUGCUGAUAAAUUGUUGGAGGCAGCUGAGCAGCUGGCUCAGACCGGAGAAUGUGAUCCUGAAGAGAUCUACAAAGCUGCACGACACUUGGAGGUCCGGAUUCAGGAUUUUGUUCGAAGGGUGGAGCACAGGAAACUUCUGCUUGAUAUGUCAGUGUCGUUUCAUACCCACACAAAAGAGCUUUGGGCAUGGAUGGAGGAACUCCAGAAGGAGCUACUGGAAGAUGUUUGUGCUGACUCUGUGGAUGCAGUACAGGACCUUAUCAAACAAUUUCAACAGCAGCAAACAGCAACACUUGAAGCAACCCUGAAUGUCAUAAAGGAAGGGGAGGACCUCAUUCAACAACUCAGGGAUUCUGCAAUCUCCAACAAUAAAACCCCGCACAAUAGCUCCAUCAGCCACAUUGAGAGUGUUCUCCAGCAGCUUGAUGAAGCCCAGGGGCAGAUGGAAGAGCUUUUCCAUGAGCGAAAAAUCAAGCUAGAUAUUUUCUUACAACUUCGAAUUUUUGAGCAAUAUACAAUUGAGGUAACAGGAGAGUUAGAUGCCUGGAAUGAAGAUCUUCUCAGACAAAUGAAUGACUUUAAUACAGAAGACCUAACUUUAGCUGAACAGCGGCUGCAACGACACACAGAACGGAAGCUGGCCAUGAACAAUAUGACAUUUGAUGUAAUUCAGCAGGGCCAAGAUUUACAUCAAUACAUUAUGGAAGUGCAAGCAUCAGGAAUUGAACUGGCAUGUGAUAAAGAUAUGGACCUAGGAACACAAGUUCAGGAGCUGCUGGAAUUCCUUCAUGAAAAGCAGCAAGAGCUUGAGCUGAAUGCUGAUCAGACCCAGAAGCGCCUGGAGCAAUGCUUACAACUCCGUCAUCUGCAGGCAGAAGUUAAACAAGUAUUAGGCUGGAUUCGAAAUGGGGAAUCCAUGCUCAAUGCUAGCCUUGUUAAUGCUAGCUCACUUUCAGAAGCAGAACAGCUUCAACGAGAACAUGAGCAAUUUCAGCUUGCCAUAGAGUCCCUCUUUCAUGCCACUUCUUUGCAGAAAACCCACCAAAGUGCUCUUCAGGUACAGCAGAAGGCCGAGACCAUGCUACAAGCUGGCCACUAUGACUCGGACGCCAUCAGGGAAUGUGCUGAGAAAGUAGCACUACACUGGCAACAGCUAAUGUUAAAGAUGGAAGACAGACUGAAACUUGUCAAUGCAUCUGUGGCUUUCUAUAAGACAUCUGAACAGGUGUGUAGUGUUCUGGAGAGUCUAGAACAGGAGUACCGGAGAGAUGAAGACUGGUGUAGAGGCCAAGAUAAACUGGGCCCAAAUGCUGAAACCGACCAUGUCACACCACUGAUAAGCAAGCAUCUGGAGCAGAAGGAAGCCUUUCUUAAGGCUUGCACUCUGGCACGUAGGAAUGCCGAGGUGUUUCUGAAGUACAUCCACAGAAACAACGUGAGCACGCCUGGAGUGGCUGCUCACAUGAGAGGCCCCGAGCAGCAAGUUAAAGCUAUUCUGAGUGAGUUGCUGCAGAGGGAAAACAGAGUCCUUCACUUCUGGACGAUGAAAAAGAGGAGGUUAGAUGAAUGCCAACAGUACGUGGUGUUCGAAAGAAGUGCCAAACAGGCUUUGGACUGGAUCCAAGAAACAGGCGAAUAUUAUCUUUCCACCCACACCUCUGCUGGGGAAACUACAAAAGAAACUCAGGAUCUUAUGACAGAAUAUAGUGAAUUCAGGAUUUCUGCCAAGCAAACCAAGGAGAAGGUGAAACUCAUCAUUCAGCUCGCUGAUAGUUUUGUGGAGAAGGGACAUGCUCAUGCCUGUGAAAUUAAGAAAUGGGUCACAGCUGUGGAUAAACGCUAUCGAGAUUUCUCAUUAAGAAUGGGGAAAUACAGAUCCUUUCUGGAAAAGGGCCUUGGAAUUACUUCAGAGGAUAAUAAAGAUCUGGAACUAGAUAUCAUUCCAGCAAGUCUCACUGAUCCUGAGGUUAAACUUAGAGAUGCCAACCAUGAAGCCAAUGAAGAAAAAAGAAAAUCUGCAAGAAAGAAAGAAUUUAUAAUGGCUGAGCUCCUGCAGACUGAAAAAGCAUACGUUCGAGAUUUGCACGAGUGUCUUGAGAGCUAUUUCUGGGAAAUGACCAGUGGAGUGGAAGAAAUCCCACCGGGUAUUAUUAAUAAGGAACAUAUUAUAUUUGGAAAUAUUCAGGAGAUCUAUGACUUCCAUAACAAUACCUUUCUGAAAGAACUGGAGAAGUAUGAACAGUUGCCAGAAGACGUAGGCCAUUGUUUUGUCACGUGGGCAGACAAAUUCCAAAUGUAUGUCACAUACUGCAAAAAUAAACCUGACUCCAGCCAGUUGAUUUUAGAGCAUGCAGGGACAUUUUUUGAUGAAAUUCAACAAAGACACGGUCUGGCCAAUUCAAUCUCAUCCUACCUGAUUAAACCUGUUCAAAGAAUCACAAAGUACCAGCUCCUACUGAAGGAACUUUUAACCUGCUGUGAAGAAGGCAAAGGGGAAUUAAAAGAUGGUCUCGAAGUAAUGCUAAGCGUACCCAAGAAAGCUAAUGAUGCAAUGCAUGUCAGCAUGUUGGAAGGAUUUGAUGAAAACUUCGAUGUUCAGGGUGAGCUGAUCCUUCAGGACACCUUCCAAGUGUGGGACCCCAAGUCACUCAUUCGGAAAGGACGGGAACGACACUUAUUCCUCUUUGAACUAGCCUUGGUUUUCAGUAAAGAGAUCAAGGAUUCCUCAGGACAUAGCAAAUAUGUUUACAAACACAAGUUACUGACAUCGGAGUUGGGGGUAACAGAGCACGUGGAAGGUGAUCCCUGCAAAUUUGCUUUGUGGGUGGGCCGAACACCUUCCUCAGAUAACAAGACUGUCCUUAAGGCUUCCAACAUUGAAACUAAACAGGAUUGGAUUAAAAAUAUUCGGGAGGUAAUACAAGAAAGAACUAUCCACUUGAAAGGAGCUCUGAAAGAACCUAUCCAGUUACCCAAAACCCCAGCAAAACAAAGGAAUAAUAGUAAAAGGGACAUGGGAGAAGAUGGAGAUAGUCAGGGAGAUGGUAGCAGUCAGCCAGAUACUAUUUCCAUUGCAUCAAGGACCUCACAGAAUACGAUGGACAGUGAUAAGCUUUCUGGAGGUUGUGAAUUAACUGUGGUGCUACAAGACUUCAUUGCAAACAACAGCGGUGAACUGAAUAUCCAAACAGGGCAGACCGUUGAGCUACUGGAGAAGCCAAGUGAAAGGCCAGGCUGGUGCUUAGUACGUACAACAGAUCGAAGCCCUCCGUUAGAAGGCUUGGUUCCAAGUAGCACACUCUGCAUUUCACAUUCCCGCAGUAGUGUAGAGAUGGAAUGCUUCUUCCCUUCCGGAAAAGAUGCUUAUUCACCAAAUGACAAUGGAACUAAAUCCGAAUCUGUUUCAAGCCUUCAGCCUCAGCCUUCACUAAGUUCUAUGCAGAAUUCCCCAGGGCCCAAACGUUCUGGAAACACAUUGAAGAAAUGGUUGACUAGCCCAGUCCGUAGACUCAGCAGUGGCAAGGCUGAUAACAGGAAAAUUGUCAAGCAGAAAAGAGGCAGGAAUGGCAAACCUGGCAUAGAUCCAGCAUCACCCAAAGCAGGGGAGAAUGAAAACGCACCUCAGGAAGACAGUGCAGAUGAAAAGGGAAGGAAGGAUGAACCACCCAGCGGCACUUUAUCCAAGUCUUCAUCUGGAAUGCAGAGUGGAGGAGAAGAUGAGCCAGAUGAUGAGUCUCAUACCCCUCUUCCUCCGCCGAUGAAAAUCAUCGACAAUGAUCCUUCUCCAGAGGACUGCUCCUCUUUGCAUACUGCCCGUCAGAGUGCUCCUGAAAUUCCCAGUGCUGCGGACCUUGUCAGUGCAAUCGAAAAGUUGGUUAAAAGUAAACUGUCUCUGGAACCAGGCUGUUCCUACCGAAGCAACUUGAAAGAUCCCCUGAGCCCUGAGUCAAUGAAUUCUUCCACAUCACCUGGGGAUCUCGCAGAAGAAAAGCGCACCAAGGCUCUUAAAGGACGAACUUAUGUUCUGAAUGAGCUGGUUCAAACAGAGAAGGAUUACGUGAAAGAUUUAGGAAUUGUGGUAGAGGGUUUCAUGAAAAAAAUCGAAGAAAAGGGUAUCCUUGAUGACAUGAAAGGAAAAGAGAAGAUCGUGUUUGGGAACAUUCACCAGAUUUAUGACUGGCACAGUAGUUAUUUCCUGGGAGAACUGGAAAAAUGCCUUCAGGAGCCUGAACGUCUGGCAGAGCUCUUCAUCAAGCAUGAGAGACGCUUAGGCAUGUAUGUGGUAUACUGCCAAAACAAACCAAAAUCUGAGUACGUUGUGGCAGAGUAUGAUUCUUUCUUUGAGGAAAUCAAGCAGGAGCUGGGUCAGAGGCUUAGUCUAAAUGACUUUCUUAUUAAGCCAAUACAGAGAAUAACAAAAUAUCAACUUCUUAUCAAGGAUUUCCUGAAAUAUAGUGAAAAGGCUGGACACGAAUGUUCAGAGAUUGAGAAAGCUGUUGAUGUGAUGUAUUUGGUACCAAAACGCUGCAAUGAUAUGAUGAAUUUGGGAAGACUUGAAGAUUUUGAGGGAAAAAUCACCGCACAAGGAAAGCUACUCCAGCAGGAUACAUUCUAUGUGACAGAACAAGAUUCUGGAGUUCUCUCCCGAAGUAAGGAACGAAGAGUCUUUCUCUUUGAACAGAUUGUAAUUUUCAGUGAACUACUGAAUAAGGGUUCUUCAACACCAAGGUAUCAGUUCAAGAAAAGCAUUAAGAUGAGUUACCUUAACAUUGAAGAGAAUGUAGACAAUGAACUCUGUAAGUUUGCUCUAAUAUCCCGUGGAACAUCUGAGCGAUUCAUCCUGCAGGCACCAAGCAUUGAAGUCUGGCAAGCUUGGAUUCAGGAUAUCAAUCAAGUUCUUGAUGCCCAGAGAAAUUUCUUAAAUGCACUGCAAUCGCCAAUUGAGUAUAUGAAAAGAGAAAGUGGCCCACAGCCCUUAGGGAAAACACAAGCAAGCAGGAUACCCCAGCCCAAUAUCAGAGCACUCUCCUCUUCUCAGACUGGAUCUGAAAAGCCUCUCAAAUCAUCGGUUCACAGUCCAUCACUACCCCCAUUAAAGCUAUCUACCUCCAAUGGAACUACAAGUAUCGAUGAAGAUCAGCAUUAUGGAGACUCUGAGCAAAUCAAGAGUAACACUGCUGGAUGCAAUGGGACCUCCGCCAUGUUGGUCACCCAAGAUUAUGCCGCAGUGAAGGAGAAUGAGAUCUGCGUGAUUCAGGGCGAGGCGGUUCAGGUUCUUGCCAUUAACCAGCAAAACAUGUUCCUGGUGUACCGGCCUGCGAAUGAACACUCCCCCGCUGCUGAAGGGUGGAUCCCAGGCUUUAUCCUGAGUUACACCAGUGAUUACUCCACAGAAACUGACGAAGGAACCAUCAAGAAGUCAUGUUCUUGGCAUACAUCACUGCAUUUGAGAAAACGAGGAGAAAAGGAGAACAGUGGGAAAAGUGAAGGGAGGUUUGAAACUGAUGCUCGUAAAUCCAAGGAUAUUCUGACCAACAAGGCCUCUGUUAAUGAGUCUAACAGUUCUGAGGAAUCCGAAUGUGAUGAUCUUGAUCCUAAAACUAGCAUGGAGUUGCUAAAUCCAAAUUUUAUUCAUGAAGUGGCACCUGAAUUUCUGAUCCCCUUGGCUGACUUGACAUGUGCUAUUGGAGAGACAAUCAUUUUGCGCUGUAAAGUCUGUGGAAGACCAAAACCCACUGUCACCUGGAAAGCGCCCGACCAAAGUGUGCUUGUGCAUGACAGUCGUUACACUCCAUCACUCAGUGAUUCUGGGGAAGUUAUGCUUAAAAUCUGUAAUAUAAUGCCUCAAGAUAGUGGAAUAUACAGCUGUGUGGCAGUGAAUGAAAUAGGAACAGCAUCAUCUUCAGCAACGGUCAAAGUGCAGGGUGUUCCAGCAGCGCCAGGUCGACCAAUAGCCCAGGAGAGAAGCAAUAGCUCUGUUAUUUUGAGAUGGUUGCCUCCAGCAAGUACAGGAAACUGCACCAUUUCCAGUUACACUGUUGAAUACAGGGAAGAAGGAUCACUGGCAUGGCAGCAAUCAGUAGCAUCAACCUUGGACACCUACCUUGUGAUUGAGGACCUGAUUCCAGGCUGUCAGUACCAGUUCCGAGUCAGCGCAAGUAACCCCUGGGGAAUCAGCUCACCAAGUGAACCAUCUGAUUUUGUAACUCUAUCUUGCAACAAUGAGCCUACUACUGAUGACUCACGAAUUCCAUGGAAGGAUAAUUUUGAAUCUGCUUACACAGAGCUGUUUGAAAUUGGAAGGGGUCGCUUUUCUGUUGUGAAGAAAUGUAUCCAAAAAUCAACAAAAAGGGAAGUGGCUGUGAAAUUCAUCAGCAAGAAAAUGAAGAAGAAAGAGCAAGUGGCUCAUGAGGCAGCUAUCUUACUGAACUUGCAACAUCCACAGUUCCCUGCAAUAUGUGACACAUAUGAGUUUCCUACUGGCUACAUCUUAGUUCUUGAACUCUUGGAUAAUGGUCGCUUGCUUGAAUUUUUGGUAAAUCAAGAAGAACAUUUGGAAGAAAAGGUUGCCUUUUACAUUCGGGACACGUUAGAAGCCCUACAAUAUCUGCAUAACUGCAGAGUUGCUCAUUUGGAUUUAAAGCCUGAAAAUCUGCUAAUUGACCUUCACACACCUGUGCCACGUGUCAAGCUCAUAGAUCUAGGCGAUGCUGUUCAAAUCACAACUUAUUACUAUGUACAUCAGUUGUUAGGAAAUCCUGAAUUUGCAGCUCCUGAAAUAAUUCAGGGAACACCGGUUUCAUUAAGUACAGACAUCUGGAGUCUUGGAGUCCUGACAUAUGUGAUGUUAAGUGGAGUAUCUCCCUUCUUGGAUGAGAGCCUGGAGGAGACCUGCAUGAACAUAUGUCGAAGGGAUUUCAGUUUUCCUGAUGAAUAUUUCCAGGGAGUCAGCUACGUUGCCAGAGACUUCAUAAGGGCUCUGCUUCAGGGAGACUUUCGCUGGAGACCCACGGCUGCCACUUGUUUACAAAAUCCAUGGUUGCAUCCUCAAAAUGACUGUUACUCUACAACCCCACUGGAUACCUCGCGAUUAGCCUUAUUUAUUGAGCGGCGGAGGCAUCAGAAUGAUGUGCGACCUGUCAGCAAUGUGAAAGGCUUCUUACCUGGCAAUCUUGGAUCAAGGAUGUGAAGCAUUAGUAACUUUUAAAUACUCAGUCACUAACAGGAAAAACAGCGUCACUCUAUGUGCAGCUGGAAGAGUGAUGCUAAGAAUACUCUUAAGUAUAUUUAAACAGGUAUACAUUACAGUAAAAUCAUGUAUUUCUGAUGUUUCAUCCUUAUAAAUGCACAACAAAGUAGAUCAACAAAUUUUGAUCUGUUUACUUUAGACAGAGUGCAAAAGGUUUACUCUUUUUGAGAGAUGAAUAUGGAGCAUUAAAGAGAAAUGAGUUUCAUAUAGCAUAUACAACAGCAAAAUUAAAACACUUGACACUUCACACGCCGGAUGUUCAAUACAAAAUGUCAAGAAAAUGGAAAAAAAUGCAGAAGUAAUCAUACUUAAGUGAAAUUUGAACUAUCUGGGUUUACUAAAACAGUUAUCUUCUGGUCUUUUAAGGAAGAGUAAUCUGUAAAGUUCCACCUGAGGAAUCUCACUGACAGCUGUGCAAUUCAGCAAACAUCGAGCAAAUAUUUUUCAUUCCCGUGAAACAGUGUUCCAUAGUCUCCUGAAAUAUAGGGCUGGUAACAUUACCUCCUCUAGCAGCACAUGUUCAUACAGUAGAAAAUGUAACUUUGCUAAAUAUCGUCAAGGAAAGAAAGAAAUCUUCUCCUGGGAAUGUGAGAAUAUUCCCAGAUGGGAAUUUGAUUCUUACGUGAGGUUAGAUGGUGAACCUUGGCAGGUCGACAUUCAUGCGCUCAUUGAUAUCCACCUUCAAGGACCUCAGUUAUAAUCAAAAGACAACAAUCAUGGCAGGAUCCAUUGCAAAUUCCUCUUACAUUCCUCCCUACCUCAUGUCAUCAACACACCACCGUGCUUUGCAUCUAUUAAUUUGAUGAUAAUUGAAACUGACACUUUAAUGUUCUAGAUUAGGUAAACUAGACCUGUACUGUCUUAAAUUUAGAAGAAUAUGAGAUAACCUCCUUGAACUAUGUGAAGUUCUUUUGGGGUUUUACAGGGUAGAUGUGGAAUUGAUGUUUCCCCUUGCUAAGGGACUUAGAACCAGGAAUAACAUUCACAAAAUAAGGAGUCAGCCAUUCAGGAUUUGAAUACAAAGAAAUUUCUUCAACAGGCAUCAGUGAACUUUUGUUCAGUGUAGAACAGUUGCACAAAUCAGCUACGAUGUCACUGAAUGGCAGAUCAAGCAUGAGAGGUAAAAUGGCACAUACCUACUUGUAUUUCUUUUGUUAUGAGUGGCUAAGCAGCUCACUAAGUGCCAUGCCUUUAACUCACUGAGCAUUAAGGUAGUUUAGAAAACAUACCACACAGUUUUCUGAAAACUGCCUCGGCAUUUCGAAUCAGAUUCAACUAUAGUAACAAUGUUGUUCGAUCUAUGCCUUAGGUUAAUUUUCAUGAAUGUUAUUUAAUAUUAGUAAGACAAAAAAUGCACAAGGUUGCUCAAUUUAAAUAAGCUUGACAUUAUGAUAGAUGUGUGUACCUGUCGCCUGUUUUAACAGUAAAAGCAAAAGCUCAUUUGCCGUCUGUCUCAGGUUUACCACUGCUGUUUACAACAGCCUUCAUAAAUCUGUACCAUUCUGUACUUCCAUUUCCCUUUAAUUUCUGUGAGCAUGGCUAUUCUAAAGUAAAUGUAAAGUUAAUUUACCCACUAGAAUAUGUUUAGGGAUAUUCCAAUAUGAAUUCUUGGCAAACUGAACUAAUCUCAGCUGAAAGAACUAAUGGUGACACUCCCACUUCCCAAAGUACCCUCCAGUCACACCUCAGCUGACAAUAUUGAUCUUUAGUGAUGAUACAAAAGGCAACUUCUGCUGAAACCAUUGUACGUUUCCCCGAUAUGCAAAAGCAGUAAUUAAAAACAGGUAACUGUCACUUGUUUGCAGGCUCAUGUCUACACGACAGUUAUAGUCUCAAUAUUUAUUUUCAUUUUUACUUCAAUUGCUGCCAAAUCAGAAGAAAAGAAGCUGAAUAAAGAUGCCUUUGAGGUUGUCCAAAGGUUUUCCUAACUUUUGUUCCCAUCCAUAAAAACCAAGUUAUUUUCAAUUUUCCUUCUCCAUCUCUCACAUGCUUCUUGACAUGAGAGUACAUUUGUUGGCUGUGUAAAUUGAAUAGUCCACAAUUAGAGAAAGGAUCCAAUGCAUUCCCAGUGUUUAUGACACAGAAAUCCUUCUCAAGCUUCCAGAAGGUCCAGGAGUCUAUUUUAACCAGUAUUUCAAUGACAAACGCCACUAUCCCUGAUGAAAAUGGUGGAGUUUGUCAUCGAAAUAUCGGUUAAACUCAUAACCUGGACUCAGCUGGAAGCCCAAGAAGAGAUUAUGGACCCACAAUUAGUAAUAAAUUUUAAUAAGGAUUUGCAAGGAUUUUGAUCAAUGAGAAUUGGUACAGCCAUAGACUUAAAUCAUCUCCAAUAAACAUUGGCCUUAAUGGUACAAUAAGAGUAAUAGAGUGGUUAUCAGUGUUCUUAAGGGGAAAGUGUCUUUAAGUUGAAUGCAAUAAACAGGAAGUUACUGUCUGUGUUGUCCCAAUCCCCAACAGGCUUUGGACCCAAAAAUAUCUUGCCAAGUGACUUGAUGUUCUCCUACAUGAACAGUGUGAAAUAAUGGUAUUUACUGACUAAGUAGUCACAAAACAUGUCAAAAAAGUUGGGUGCUUAUACUGUAUGUUCAAAUGUAAGUGCAUGUUAAUGAUGUGGUCAGUUUUAAUUAAUGUCAAGCAACUGGCACUGAAAACUUACUUUUAGAAGUGUGCCAUCUUGCUUUACUUUUUUAUAAUUCAGUUUUCAGGAUGUGGACAUUGCCACCAAAGCCAAUAUUUAUUUAUUGCCCAUCCUGCAUUUCCCAUUAACAAGUACAUAAUGGUAAGCCAUUGUCUUAGACCACAGGAAUCAUUCUGAUUUUGGACCUCCCGUAAUGUGGUUGGGUAGGAAUUCCGAAAUUUAGACACAGCGACGCUAAAGGAAUGGCAAGAUAUUUUAAGUUAAUUAUUGUUGGAAAUAUACAUUUCUUUUGCUUUGUGAAUUAUCUUUCUUUGUCUUUCUAUCCUUCACUUUAUUUCAUUUUUAUGCAGUACUCCAUAUUGAAUUAUAAAUGUUAUUUCUGGGUUUAUAUGCAAAGUUUCAGCAACCUGAUUGGUCAAGGAGAUGUUUAAGGCGCUUUCGCUAGAUGCUUGGUAGAUCACGAUGUAGCCUGACUAAUAACAGCUUCUAUCAAGUGUAAUGUUGAUUCACUGAUGACAGGAAAAUUCAGAGUUCUACAUAUAAUUCUUUAUUGCACAGAUGGAGUGAAUCCUGCAGUAAUAACAUAUAAUUCUGUAAACAGGAUCACAUACAUUUUUAACACCAGAUCUAAAUUGAUAUUGGGGUGGAUUAAUUUUGCAUAUCAGAAAAUAUGUUAACUAUUAUAUUUCUUUAUUAAGUUCAAUUUUAGAAUGGAUGUUCAGAAUUGCUCAUAAAAUCUUUGUUUAUCCACCGAACUAUCUGUAUUUUGUUUACAACAUAACUGCAAUUGAAAUGUAAAGCUCUUUGUUAGAGUCAUGAUACAACACUGUGUUAAAAAACAUUUCUCAUAUUAUUUAGAUACCAGGUAGAUUAAGCCAGAUUCCUUUGGUUUGUCAAGUUUAUCCACAUUAGUUGAAAUACAAGGUAGAAAGAUAAUGGGUGUAACUUUCAGUCAGUGCAGAGUUCGAUAUUCCCAAUUUGGUCACUGUUGGCCGAACUAUAAUUGAAGUGAACGUUCCUGUGUUAGAAAGAAGGUUUGCCAACUCUGAGUAUUCUGUCAACAACUUAUUGAUUGUUCCUGGAUAUAUACUUAUUUUGGAUAUUGCAAGGGAAGGGAGGACUUCAUGGUUGUAAUGCUCUGUAGAAGUAGCCAGCCAGCUCCCACGAUGAUACUAACGUAAAAGUGAAAAUAAACUUGUAAAGAAAUUAAAAGCAGUAGACUUCUCAUCUGCCUAUAAUUAAAUUCAGGUGGAUUCAAAUUUCAAAGAAAAGAAGAACCAAAUUGCUUUGUAUGCCAAAGCAAUUCAAGGGCACCUGACAUUUUAGAAGAGUUUGAAAAAUGGACAAGGUAUAAUUGUAUCACAAUUAUAUAACACAAGAUAUAGCUCAUUUUUUUCACAUUACACCAACACAAUUUCUCCAUGUUUUAUUAUAUUGAUCUUAUGUUUCAUCUAAUAGCAUGAGCACAAAUAUUUCUCACUCUAAGAACAUUAGCACAAAUAUUUCCUACCAUAUACUAAACUAACAUCGUAGAUUGUGAUAUAUUUUUAACACCAGAGAUAAAAUGUAGUGUUGAAUCUUAUGAUAGUUUGAAAAUUUGGAAGGAGAUGUUUACAUUGUAAAUAGUGAACAAAGCACAUAAUGACUUGAGUAGAAAAUAUGUACUCUGGUUGACUUCAGCAUAAUUUAAUAACCAUGAUAUUUGUGGAGUUUAGCUAAUCUUACUAGCACAAGACAUACCUACUAUGAACAGAAAGUUGAGGUAAAAGAGAAUGCUGAUGCUGAAACUUGGAGCUGCAGGAUAUCUGAUGCAGGGUAUCAGCUCAAAACUACUGUCUGCACAGAUGCUGCCUGACUCAGAGUUCCUCUGCAGUUUGUUUUUUGCUGUGAAAACAAAGUUAACAUGUUGCAGAAUCUAUAAUGAGUUUGCAUAUUUUACAUCGGCAAAAGCUGAAAAACAUUAAAGAAAGCAAUUUAAAUGGUGUGUAAAAAUUGUGUCCUUUAGAGUUGAUUGUACAGAAGAAUCAUAGACAUUUACAGUAAGGAAGAGAGCAUUUGUCUCCAUGUCCAGGUGAGCCAAAAGUGGAGCUGUUCUGGUUCCCUCCACUUCCCUACUCUUAGUCCAUAGCAUGGUAGGUUAAGGUUCUCCAGGUGAUACUGAAGAAAUCUUGUAGGUUAAAUCAGAUUUCUGCCCUUCACCAUGCUUUCAGGCAGUAAGUUCCAGAUUUCCUCCCUCCUCUUUCCUACCCCCUCCCUUUUCUUCAGGGGAAAUUAUUCUGGCUCAACAUUCCUCAAGUUCUUUUAUGACUUAAUGCAUGUUUCCUGGUCAUCAAUUUCUCUGCUAAGGGAAAUAUAUCAUUCUGGUUUCCAUUCAUAAUAGUUUCAUAAUUUUAUACAAUUUAAUUCAGUCACUCCUCUGCCCCACAGAAAACAAACCCAUUUCCCUGUAAUCAUAGAUCUCCAGCCUGGUGAUAUCUUCAUGACUAUCUUCUCCAGCACCUCUGGUGCUGUCACAUCCUUCCUGUAGUGAAAUGACCAGAGCUGUAUGAUAUGCUAGUGAUGACCUGACUAGCAUUUCAUAAAAUUCUAGGUUAAAAUUUGAAUAUUUUAUCUAGCAGUGAUGGGCAGCAUCUGUUGACCAGAGCAACAGAGUCAAUGUUCCAGGUCAUCAGAAAUGGGAAAAGAUUAUCUUUACCCAGGAUAUUAUUCCAUAGAUACAGCCUAAAACUGUUGGGUUGGUCUACCAUUAAGUUUUUUUAAGCUUAAUCUUGUUCUUUUAUUCCAUUUAUGACUGACUAUGGCAAGUGUCCUGUAUGCCACCAUAACCAUUGUAUCUACCUGUCCCCUACCUUCAGAGAUUUUUGUUCAUGUACUUUCAGUUCCUUCACGUUCUCUGUUUCUGGGUAUCCCAUCUUUCAUUGUGUAUUCAAUUGCCUUGUUUGCUCUUCCAAAUAGGUUAUCCCAAAAUUCUUCAGCUGAAUUUUAUUUGCCAGUUUUGUACUUAGUUUACUGACAUCUCCCUGCAACCUUGAACAUACUUGCAUGCCAUCAAUCAUAAUGUUGGUGUUAUCAUCAGAUUUUUAAUCAAUGUUCUUAAUGCCAGUGUUUAAGUUUCUUAAGAUAAAUCAUUGAGAUGUGUGGAACCUUCCAGCCUUCCAAUCACUGAAAAUUAUCUCUUAUUUUCUCUCACUGAGCUUAUUUUUAAUUCAGUCACCACUUUUACUUGGGUACGAUAGGCUUUUACUUUCCAUGAUAGUUUGCUAUGUAGAUUCUGUAAAAUAUCUUGCUAAAGUCAUACAGACGUUAUACAGACUCCGCUCAUUGACGUUCAUGAUUAUAACUCAUCAACUACAAUCUGACAAUCUGAAAUGUUCAUUUUAUUUCUCUUUUCCCAGACAAUGCCUGAAUAUUUCUGACAUUUUCUGACAUAAGCUUUACGUUUUCUGUUUUCAGAUUUCUAGCAUCUGAUUUUUCUUAUUCCCUCGAAUACAUGCUGACUGUCCUUAAUGAAUCUGCACCCCACUAAAUGAAGAUAAAUUCUGUUCCCCAGAAUGUUUUGCUAUUAAUUUUCUCAUCACAAUUAUUGAUCUAAGUUGCCUAGAUCUCUCCCUUUCCACUGUUUUAAACAAUCGUACCACAUUAGUUCUAUCCUCAGCACCACAUGCAUAGCCAAACAAGUUUGGGAAGUAAGAGGCAUCAAUGGUAUUUCUUCACUUGCAUCUUUUAAAAGUCUGAGAUGCAAUUUAUCCAGCUUCAAAAUUUGUCUACUUUAAAUAUAUUAAACCCCAUAAUAAUCCCCUCUCUCAGUUUAUUAUUUCAUAUCAUUCAUGCUAUUUUUCUUAAUGUCAUUGUCUAUUAAAUUCACCUCUUCAUAUGCACAGUUUUUAUUUGGAACUAAAUAUAUAUGCUUUUUUAUGUACCAUAAUACCAUAAGAUUGCAGCAGAAUUAGGCCAUUCAGUCCACCGAGUUCACUCCACCAUUCCAUCAUGACUGAUCCCAGAUCCCAUUCAACCCCAUACACCUGCUCUCUCACCAUAUCCCUUGAUGCCCCUUAAUUCAUAUACAGACGACCAUCUUGGUCUUUUCUUUGUUAUCCUUUUUCCUUGGUAAUUAACUUUUAUAAAACUUGGUGUUUUCUUGACUUCUCCUGCCAAUAUUUAUCUGCUUCCUCCAUAUUUGUCUGUUUCCACACUGGAGGUGUAAACAGCCACAGAUUAUUUUUUUGAUGGACAUUGGAUUUUAUGGCAGAACAAUAUGUUUAUUUAUGAUCUGCAGAGUUUAGCAGUGAAGUCACAUACUCUUAAAUCAACAGGAAGAGACUUCAUGCAAGGAAGAAAAGUUUUUUUAUUCAAUUGCCAAUCCUCCUGCUCAGGUCCAUACAUCACAAUAAGGGACACUGUGGGAAGAGUGAGAUGGAACAACAUAUAUUAGGCAAAUAUUGGAACAUCUAUACUAUUUCAACAGAUGCAGUUUGGUUGACAACUUAAGCUCUUUCCCUAGAUGUAUGAGGGACCAACUGAUAUUCAUAUCUCAAGGGUGCAGUAACUGUUGGGAUUCUAACUGCCAGAAGCAAAGUCAUCAUACUGUAUUGGCCUCAUUGGAGAAAUCCAGCAUUUCAAACCCAGAAAGGUGCCAAAAAGGUAAAAUAUUCCCAUCCAAGUCCCACAGCAGAAUUACUGGUCCUUCCUUGCAGAUUUCGAUGUGGUCUCACUCCCACUUUAUCUACUUUGAUGAGAUACUUCAGGCCCAUGAUUAUGGCCUUAAGCUGCAGCCUCCUGCUGGUGUAAUGUCACUGAAGCAGGUAAUGAGCCCAGUCUAUUUAAAUGACUUGACCCCUAGUAUCAAAAUGCCAUGUUGAAUUUUACUCCUCACUUUCCAGAAAUAAAAUUAGGAUUUAGAUUUCUGUCAUUGUAGUUUAGAUUAACCACGUGAACUGGAUGUUUCGUUCUAAAUUUAAAUUCAUUUUUUCAGAUAGGGGGAUGUAACUUAAUGAAAUGUGAGAAAACAAUGGAGUUCCACUUUUUAAAAAAACUGUCUAUCUCAGCACUAAGGAUAACAAAUCCCACCAUUUUUACACAUAUAUAGGACUAAAAUGUAUUACCCCACAGUGUAAUCCUUUUGCCAUUGUUUUGUUGCUUUUAAACAGUUCCUUCAAUUUUCUGAGAUAACAAUGGCUGAAACAUUCAAAAUUUAUUCUCCUUCUCAAUCCGACCGGAAUUGAUUUUAAUCCUUACUACAGUGGCAGCGUGAUACUUAAGUUAGCGGCAGCCCAACUAAAAUUAGAUUAACAAAUGGGACUUCCAUUCAUCUUCUGUUGAUAGAUUUCAUGCUAACAUUUUAACCUAUCGCAUUAAUGACCCAUAAAAUUUUAGCCAUUUCUGAACCCUCUGCUGAACAAACCAAUAAGGUUUUUUGUCUACAUCUAUUUAUAAAAUUCAAUGUUUACCAACAUAACUUCUGCCUUUUUUUGUUAUUUGAAAUUUUUAGUGUGUUAUCAUGAUCUUCAUAUUUUUUCAUCUCAUUUUAAAAUGAUUCUCCAGUACUGAAAUUGCUACAUUGUAGGUCUUAUUGUGUGUUAUUUUUAAUCCCCUUUAAUUAUAAUCUAUUGAUGUUUGAGUAACCAUGGCAUAUGCUUUAACAUUUUCAAAAAUACCAUUUCCCUUCACUUUACAAAUUCAAUUCAGUCACUGCACUAAUAAUGAAUAUAAUCAAUCUCAUAUAUUUAAUGCCCUUUUCACAUGAUGCAUACCUACCCAUGCCCUUUAUUGCAAUAAUACUUUACAACCAUUUAAAUAGUUGGAAUGAAAUCCAAUUUAUUGUUGAGAUACCUGAAGGACAAGUCACCAUUUGUAAUGUGUACAUUUUACAAAUGUGUGGAAUGUUGUCACUCAUUUAUGAAUGUGUUGAUUAUGUUAAUUAGUCUCUAUCCACUUACAGACUUGUAACAUAACGUUUUGCUUGGUAUAUAUUUCUCACUAAUACUAAUUAGUGUUAGUAAACGAUCCAACAAAGGAAAGCAUUUCUAAUGUUGACUUUCGAAGCAGUAAUGACUUAUUUUUACAUUAAAGAAUUUAACAAGUAUACAUACAGCUUUACAGCCUUAAAGUGUCUCAAUCAUUUGCCUCAGCACUAUUCCAUGUUAGCCUUUUAUUGAUCAAGCGUUGUUGCAUAUUUUUACAAUUAAAUGUUAUAUAAAGUCUGUUGUAUAUAUUUUAAUUUUGUUUUACAGAGGUAAAUAUGUUGUAAUUUUUUGUAAGUGGAACAGGAACAUUUUAGUAAUUGCAAUGAUUCAUUUAACUUGUAAGAACUGGCAAACUGUAUAUGCUUACUGUAAAUUUGAGAUGGCAUGCAACAUCCUGUAUCUCGUACUAUACAAUCCAAUUGGAGGAUUUGAACAUAAUAAAAAUUAGAAUAUUUCAUAUGGUAUUGCUUUGAUUUUGAUAACGUUUGCAAAAAAUCCCCCAUUUGCUGGCUACCUGUUAUUAAAUAUUUAAUACAAUAUUAAAUGCUUGGUUUCUA